AUGGCAUCGAAACCGACAUCAGGUGAUGAGAUUAUUCUUUGUACACUUUCAGAAAAAGAUAAAGAUAAAGAGGUUAAGACACUAGAACAAAUAAUUGGUCAUGAUAACAAUUUUUCAAAUAAACAAAUCUAUUUUGCAAUUCCCCUCUCCAAUAAAGAGCAAAUUGAUGACUUUCUUAAAAAUCACAAAGAUUGUGUUUUAUUUCAACUACCAAAAUCGAAGAAAAAGUUUAAUUGUUUAAAUAAAAUUAAUUCAUUUGAAAUUCUUCUUGAAGACGAACAGAAAGAUCUUAACUAUAUAGAUUCACAGUACUUACAUGUUAAAUCUAGUAAUCCAUCUUUUAUAUCAUAUUAUAUUCUAAAUAACGAACUAAUUUCAAAAGAUACCAUAGUUUCUUCAUUAAAAUCUAAUUCAAUUGGCUUUUUAACCUUUGACAAUUCUUCAAACCCUUCAAAAAAGCCGACUACAGUAAAAUUUUCGAUUCAGGAAGGAGAAAAAACAUUCGAAAUCCCAAUUUACGAUGGAAUGCGUAUGAAUGAUAUAGAAGUUAUAUUAAGUAAUAUUUGGCCCUCUUUUGAAGACAAUGAUCUCGUUUUCAAAUCAGAGAAUAAAAUUAUUGAUAAUAUUGAAGAUAUUAUAUCUUCAGAAAAUGUUUCUGUUGAAAUUGCUCUCCAAGAUUUCACAAUUAAAGUAAUUGCAAGAAAAACACGAAAUCACCAAAUUCCAAUGAAUCCACGCAAGAAAGUUCAAGAUUUGUUAUGUAAAAUUAAUGAAUUAGAACCAGAUACACUGACCAAACCAUUUAAAUUGAUGAGCAAUGGAACAAAUUACGUCGAAAAACCUGAAACGCUUCUCAAAGAUAUAGAUGUAACUAUGUACCUCAACUAUGUGCGCCAAUAG